GCAAAUCACCCAAAAUUUUUCUACUGAGCGGUUGCUGCGCGCGUCGGUGGCUUAAGGCGAACAAUUCAAAAGUAACUGAAAAGCAUAAGAAAAUCUAAUUUGCGAAUUGUGUAGAAGAUAGAGAAGGCCAAACCAAACGUUAAGGUGUUUGUUCAAAGUUGAGUGUGCAAGCGUGUGCGUUAUUAAUCCGUUUUGACAUUUUCUCAAAAGUGUGCAAAGAAGGGAAGAGAAGAAGGACGAGUGAAGAAGCAGCGAAAACGAAAGAAGCGAAAAAUUGUUCGUGACUCGGCGGCUGUUCUGUGCUGUUCGCUUCUCCCUCCCUCCAGUUCGCCGCUCUCUCUGUGUGUGUGUUUGUGUGGUGCGGCGUGUAUGUGAGAGGGCAAAAGGAGAAUUUGCAAGAAGCAAAAAAAGCAAAGCAAGAAAUAAACGUCUGAAAAAGAAGCGAGAAGAGAAAUAAAACGCAGUGGCGUGUGAAUCACGAGAGCAAGCUGAAUCAUUAUUAUAAUUUUUUUUGGCAAGCCCAAGAGCCAAAAGAAAUUGUUUAUUGCUGAAAGAGCGAACACAGAUAUCCCCCAGAGAGAGAAAUACAGAGAUACAGCAAAAUGGAACACGAGGACAACGCUCAGUUUGACUAUUUGAACCGCUUUGCGGAUAAUAUGCAGCAAAUUGCUGGCGGUGCCGGCAAUGCUGCCGAUGUUGCCGGCGAGCUGGUGCCCAACAUCGCUGCUGCCUCCGUCAAGUCGGGUGAGCACGAAGACGAUGAGGAGUGGAAGUACAGACAUGAAGUGCAGCAGAGCGAAAAGCAGCAGCAGCAGCAUCUUGGCAGCUUCGGCGAGGAGGAGGAUUUCGGCGCUAACGUGGCAGGAAAUGGCAACGGCAAUGGCUUUGGCCACCACGAGGCAGAGCUGCUGAUCGGCAACGGGCUGGGCAAUGGCGGUGGAGCUGCCGCUGGCUUUAGCCUGGCCUAUGAAGACGAAGACGUGGAAGUGAUCAAGAACGAUGGUGACUUCUCGACAAACUCAAACACCACAACGUCGACCGGUGAGGUGGCCGGCUUGGAGCGGCAGGAUCAGCAGCAGCUGCUGCUGGAGCCACAGCAAGAUCUUCUGCAGCAGCAGCAGCAGCAGGAGCUACUCCAUCAGCAGGAGGACGAGGAUGAGGCCAGCUCGGUGGCCACCACAUAUGGCACCAGCAGCCUCAGCGAGAACAAUCCCACGCCCCUCGAUCAUGAGGUUGUGGGUGGCCAGCAGCAGGAGGAGCAGACACACGACCUGCUCGAAGCCUUUGACAACAAGGAGAACAACGAUCCUGUUGUCGACACCGAAGAAUCUCACUCGCAGCUCAAUCCCAAUGCCGUUGCAUUUGUGCCUAACUUUGGCUCCCAGCCAUCAUCACCAUUGCCCAGGGAGGAGGGUGAGCCUAUCCUUGGCCUGAAUGCACGCCAGCUGAUCGGUGGUCCCCUUGAUGAUAUGGUAGCGGAGAGUCCCCGCAAGGGCUCGGCCAGAGACAACAUGGACGCCAUUGCCGUGCCCGACGAGAUUGAGUUCGACAUUGAAGCGGACAAGCGCCCACAUGAGCUGGAGCAGGACAACGAUGUCUUCUCUGAGGGCAACCUGGAGCAGCAGCUCUUGAAUGGCGCCGGCUCUGGCAUUAUCUUGGGCGGUGCCCCGGUGCUCGAAGAUGUUCUCGAUCACGGCCCAGAGACCAGCGUCGACUUGGACCUGCCCAUGGACCACAUCAGCGCCAGCAAUGACGACAUCAUGAAGCAGUCUAUCUAUGGCGAGCACAAUGCAUCCAUCGAGGACAUACUCAACUCGGUGCAGCCGCUGCCAACUCAGUCCAGCGAGGAUUUCGCCGAGAAGGAGCUGCUCAAUGUUGAGGAGAAGGAACAUGUCUCGCAGUCACCCUCCACGGAGGAGCUGCAGUACCAGGCCAACGACGACCAGGACCAGAUUCAGGCCCAGCAUCAGCAGCAGUUGUUUGGUUCUGCUCCUGAGGACCCAAUGCAGGCCUCAUUCUAUCUGGAGCACACUUCCAGCGAUGCCCAUCAGCAGCAGCAGCAGCACCAAGAGGAGGAUGUUGAGCAGCUGCCCGCCGACUCUUCCGAUCCCUUUGCCCAGAAUGUCAACGACCAGAGCCUCUUGCUGGACACCAGUGCCCCAUUGUUCAGCCCUGAGGAAAUUGCACCCGAGUCCAAGCUGGACGCCAAUGCCCCGAUAUUCAGCCCUGAGGAAAAUGCGCCCGUGGCCAAGCUGGAGCUGGAGCCGCAGCAAGCCGAUAUUGUGGACAUUACACCGUCGCCGCUCUCCUCCACCGAGGAGAAGCAUCUCGUUGAGGACACCAAGGAGACAUUCGAGCAGGAGACUCUAUUGUUUGAGCCCGUUGUCGACGCCGGAGCUCCCCCACAGGUGGAGGAGUACGCUGCCUUCAAUGCAGCUUCCGGCUAUGAGGCUCAAAGCGCUCAGGAGGAAGAGGAGGAGGACUUUGCCCCGUCACCGGGAAUCAAUCCAUUUGCUGCGCCAUUCACGCCCGCACACUUGGCCGAGGAAGUCAUCGUGGCCCAAGAGCAGCAGCCGUCUAUUGAGCAACCGGAAAUACAGGAAAACUUCAACGAGUUGCAAUUGCAGGAGGAACAAAUCGAGGAGGAGUACAAGAUUAGCCCUGAGCCAGAGGCUGAGGCUGCCACCCCGUCAGCGCGUUCACCGACUUUGCUGCUGCUGCUGCUGCUCCGGCUCCAGCUGAGGUUGAGGCUGCUGCACCCUUUUUCAAUGGCUUCGAGAGCAAUGCGAACCCAGAGCCAGCUACCCUGGAGGUGGAGAUUAAGGAGCCAUCGAUGCUGCUCUACUCGGAACCAGCUGUGGAGACACCAGCCCUUCCAGAGCCCGAGCUGCCCGUCUCUGAAGUAGUUGCCGAUGCAGUAAAAACCGUGUCUUAUGCAUUUGACCUGGACCUCGAUAAGCCAGUGGCUGUGGAGGAGCCUAUCCCUGUGGCUGCCAGCGAGCCCGUCGCAGAGGAGCCUCUUCCCACUGCCGAAACGCUGCCUGAGACU